UUCUAAAAUAAGGUGGUUUUGUAGUCUGUUUGGCAUAUGAAUGUUAUUGAUAUUUAUAGUAAUUACAAAGAGCAAUGGAAGAAGAAACUGGUUUUUAUGUUGGUUAUGAUUUCCACCCUUGUUAUGAAAUUAACAACGUCUCUAAGAUAAUGAGAAGGACUUCUUCUACAAUAUGUACUUUGCUCUACAUUUUCCUUGGCUUACUGUCUGCUAUUACAGUGUGUGGAAACCUUCUUGUAAUAAUCUCCAUCAUUUACUUUAAGCAGCUCCACACCCCGUCUAACUACCUGAUCGUCUCUCUGGCUGUGGCCGAUCUACUUGUUGGGACCGCAGUCUUUCCUCUGAGCAUGUCUUUCUCUCUCAGCUACUGUCUGUAUUACAGAGACUUAUUCUGCAAAAUACGAGACAGCGUCGAUGUCAUACUGAGCACGACCUCUAUUUUUAAUUUGUGCUGUAUUUCUGUGGACCGGUACUAUGCAGUGUGUCAGCCUCUGACAUACAAAUCUAAGAUAAACACUGGUAUUGUUCUGGUUAUGAUCCUCAUGAGCUGGGGAGUUUCCAUACUUGUUGCGAUCGGUUUUAUUGUUGCAGAGGUAAAUCAGGAAAAAUGCCAAGAAAAUUGUUUCUCUGAUGUUGUGCUUGAAAAGGUUUUAGCCCCAGUUUUCUCGUUCUAUCUCCCAGUGACCAUAAUGCUGUGUAUAUACCUGAAGAUAUUUCUUGUUGCACAAAGACAGGCUCGCAGCAUCCAGAAUGCAGUAAAGCCUGGUGCAACUGUGAUCAACAUGGAAAGAAAGGCAACCAAAACUCUGGCCAUUGUUCUAGGAGUUUUUCUGAUGUGCUGGCUGCCUUUCUUUCUCUGUUUUUCCCUCCAGUUAUUAGGUGGUGUGUCAGUGAUGGUGUAUGAAACCCUUAACUGGCUCACGCUGUCCAACUCAAUGCUCAAUCCAUUCAUCUAUGCGUUCUUUUACAGCUGGUUCAGGUCAGCUUUCAGAAUCAUAAUGUCAGGAAAAAUAUUUCAGGGGGAUUUAACAGACACCAAGCUCCUUUGACAUGUUUUGAGUCUGAGAAGAGAACUUCAUCUCAGUACUGAAAUGUCAGCAAAGCUACACUUAAUAUAUAAAAUUAAAAACAUGCUGCAGUCUUGGGUUUGAUUUAGUUAAGAAUAACGUGCCAUGGCGAGAAUGACAGUUUGUGUAGUUAUCUAAGUUUCUCUUGUACACUGGGUCAGUUUUCUCACUGCGUUGUAUACAUUAAGAUUUUCAUAUUUACAUUCUAAUUUACAAAGCUCACAAAAAUUUUCCAGCU